GAAGAAGAAGAAGAAGAAGAAGGAGGUUCAUAUUUUAUCGACCUAAAUACCGGAGCAGUCAGCGGAGAGAAGCCGUUAGCUGAAUCCAAACAACGGCAGAAAACCCGAGGCGUUAGUCUGGUUCUCAGAGAUGGACCGACGCCGGAAAAAGGUGGUGGAGACGAAGCUGCGAGGAGAAGUCAUACCAUCUGAUGUCCAGAAAGUGAUUGUUGGUGAAGAACAUCAGCGGGAGUGGAGCUCCAAUUUGGACCAGGAGGACCCAGAACCUCCACCUAUUAACGAGGACCAGGACAAACUCCGGAUCAGUCGAGGCGAAGAGCAGUUUCAAGGGCAGGAGGAGGAGGCUGAUAUCACCAAGUUCUUUAUCCCAAUGAAGAGUGAAGAUGAAGAAGAUAAACCUCAGUUCUCACAUCAUCAAAAGCAAAUUGAACAGAUGAAAACAGAAGCUGAUGGAGAGCACAGUGGCGGAUCAGAACAUGCCAGGGACUCUGAUCCAGAUACACAUUUACAUCCAGAUAUUAAUGACAAUACUGGAAACUAUCAUGAAUCUAAGACUUAUGGGAGUAAUGGCUGGAAGAAGACCAGAGAACCCCAGUCAGGUUUAAAGUCUGUAAAUAAUGUUGAAGUCCCUGCCAGUGAUCUGAGAUGUAGUACUGGUGAGACAGAGUGUGGACAAGGGUUUGGCACCAGUCGACAUCUGAAGAAACAAAUGAGAUCUCAUACAGGAAAGAAACCAUUUAGCUGCUCAGUCUGUAAGAAAGCUUUUACAGUGAGUGGAAGUUUACAAACACACAUGAGAAUCCACACAGGGGAGAAACCAUUUAGCUGCUCAGUCUGUAAGAUGGCUUUUUCAGUUAGUGGACAUUUACAUAGACACAUGAGAAUCCACACAGGAGAGAAACCAUUUAACUGCUCCUUCUGUAACAAAGCUUUUAUACAGAGUGACAAUUUACAGAAACACAUGAGAGUCCACACAGGAGAAAAACCAUUUUGCUGCUCAAUCUGUAAGAAAGCUUUUACACAGAGUGGAAAUUUACAGAAACACAUGAAAAUACACACAGGAGAAAAACCAUUUUCCUGCUCUGUUUGUAAGAAAGCUUUUACAGCAAGUGGUUGUUUACAUAGACACAUGAGAAUCCACACAGGCGAAAAACCAUUUACCUGCUCCGUCUGUAAAAAAGCUUUUACAGUAAGUGGAAGUCUGCAGAAACACAUAAGGAUCCACACAGGAGAGAAACCAUUUAGCUGCUCGGUCUGUAAGAAAGCUUUUACAGAGAGUGGACAUUUACAGACACACAUGAGAAUCCACACAGGAGAGAAACCAUUUUGCUGCUCCGUCUGUAAGAAAGCUUUUACAGAGAGUGGGCAUUUACAAAAUCACAUGAGAAUCCACACAGGAGAAAAACCCUUUAUCUGCUCAGUUUGUAAGAAAGCUUUUACAGAGAGUGGAAGUUUACAGAAACACAUGAGGAUCCACACAGGAGAGAAACCAUUUAGCUGCUCAGUCUGUAAGAAAGCUUUUACAGAGCGUGGAAGUUUACGUAUACACAUGAGAAUCCACACAGGAGAAAAACGAUUUAGUUGCUCAGUCUGUAAGAAAGCUUUUACAGACAGUGGAACUUUACGUAAGCACAUGAGAACCCUAACACAUGUUAGAAACCAUUUAGCUGUGUGAAGUGGCGCCGCCAUCCAAAAGAAGCAGAGAACCAUGUUCUAACAUUUACACACUAACAAAUGAAUGAAAUGUCUAAAAGUGUGGGUCCU